AUGCGGUUCUCUCACGUCCUGUAUAGAGCAUGCAUACUGGGUGCGCUCUUCAUCGCCGCCUGCAUUCCUCUCAUCAGCAAUGAGAUAUACUCUAGCGUCAAACACCGUCGAGAGUAUCUGUCUCGCAAAGAGGCUCGCGUGCUACCUAUCAACUCUGCGCUACACAUUUUCAACGACUCCGAGGAUGCUCUUAGGGCUUUUGUGCCGCACUCCCCAGCCAAUUCAAUUCCUGGUGACUCUCUAAUUCGGAACCAUGCUGUCACCCUGACAGUCGUGCUGGAUGCUCUCCGAGCCAGUGGUCCUGGCACGGUCGAUCCCUUGCGCGUCGGAUUGGGUACUCUACAACUGCAUUUGGAACAUCUAUCCCUCUUGGUAUCUGCCAUCGACGUCGAUAACGGCCUUCCACUCGUACACUUACUGCUUCGUCUUUCUUCGGAGGGCCGAAUUUGCGCCCAGGACUUGCAACGGACAUGGGUUUCGGUGAACGCGCUGUUAAGCAUUGCCGUUGCUUACCUCCGCGAUGAUACGUAUGCCGAGGCCUCCUGGUCGCGCCAUGCUGCUAUGGUCACUUUGGAGGAGGAUCUUGUGCGUCUCAUGCGGCACCAACUCUGCGAGCACUUGCAGAUGCUCGCGAGUAUUCGACGGUGUCUGUCGGACUUCCACGAUGAGCUGUUCGCGAUCGAAACCAUUAGCUCGCAACUUCGCGAACAGUCUUACUCAUUUAUACUCGUUCGGGGCUCGCAGACAGAUCUCAUGCUCGCAAGUGUGGGUGUUAAAUCUAGACUCACACAGCUGAUGGAACGCCGUAUCCGCCUCAUGGAACAGGUAUCUGAAGGCGGCUGGUGGGCGAGCGGCAUUGUCGCGCAGGCCAUUGAUGUGAUCAUGGGUCGAAUCGAAGCGCUGGAGGCACUGCGUGAUGCAUUCGCUUCCGCGUCUGCAUGA